AUGUUACUCCUCUUCUUGCUUUUCUUCACUAUUGCUGAUAUCGCAGAGGCUGCAGACAACAGCAUUAAACCAGAAAAACCCUCCAGAUCUGUAACUGAAGGCAGCAACAUCACACUGUCCUGCACAUAUACUGGAUCAGUUUACAGUCUCCACUGGUAUCAACAAAAACCUGGAUCAAGACCAGAGUUUCUGCUGCUGAUUGAUGAAGGCAGUGGACGUGUCACACAAGCUGAACCACCUCAUCCACGAUUGUCUAUGAAACUUGAUAAAAUGGGAAAGAAAGUGGAUCUGCUCAUCUCCUCUGCUGCAGUGACAGACUCUGCACUGUACUACUGCGCUCUGACGCCCACAGUGACAGGAAACACAACUACACUGUACAAAAAACCAUGCUGUCAGGUUCCCCAGGACAGGAACAUGGACCCAGUGGACACUGUGGAUCAGAACCCCAGUGACUCCAUGGCAGAUUCAAUACAGCCACUUUCCCCUCGUGAAGUUGUAGAUGAAGGUGUUAAUGUUACUCUGUCCUGCAACUACACAACAAGUUAUACAGGAAACAACUACCUGCACUGGUACAGACAAUAUCCAAAAUCUAAACCUGAGUUCCUUCUUUAUAUUUCUGAACGUGACUCCAUGGCAGAUUCAAUACAGCCACUUUCCCCUCGUGAAGUUGUAGAUGAAGGUGUUAAUGUUACUCUGUCCUGCAGAUACACAACGAGUUAUACAGGAAACAACUACCUGCAGUGGUACAGGCAAUAUCCAAAAUCUAAACCUGAGUUCCUUCUUUUCAUCACUCCAAGUGGAUUUAAAACUGACCCUCUUCCAUCACGUCUGUUUCCUAAAGUUGAUAAAAAUAAACGAUUGGAUCUGCUCAUCUCCUCUGCUGCUGUAUCAGACUCUGCACUAUACUACUGUGCUCUG